AUGAGACAACUAUGCCCGCUGCUACGCUCGCCUACAGCCCUCCUCCCUCGUGCCUCCCUCAUGCCUCAACAGGAGAAGGUGGUGGGGUGUUUAGUGCUGGAGGAGUUUCACCGCUGCUACGCUCGCUUGCAGCUGUUACCCCUCACUUCACUCCCCUUUCUGCCUCCCAACCCGUGUUAUCAACAGGAGAAGGUGGUGGGGUGUCUGGUGUUGGAGGAGUUUCACCGCUGCUACGCUCUCCUGCAGCAAUCCCUUCCCUGCCCCCUCUUUGUCCUUCCCCAAUUACUUUCUCUCUUUCCCAUACAACAGGAGAAGGUGGUGGGGUGUCUGGUGUUGGAGGAGUUUCACCGCUGCUACGCUCGCCUGCAGCCCUCGGAGACCGUCAGAGGCAUCGUGGAGUCCACCAAUCUCAACAUGACACUUGUCAAGCUGAGCACCGCCGUCUAUGUUGACCCCCCCGCCGACCAAUCAUCCUGCUCCGGCUGCCCGCCGGGCAGGCAAAUUUCCGACUGCGCUGCCCGGAGCAUCGCAAUGGAGAUUCUUCGCCGCCCAUCGAUCGAAUUCACCAUCGCAUCUGAAGACCCCUCCCAUCCCACCGCCAUCGCCGAUUUCUUCGACCCGAAUCGCGCCCCUUUCAUGCCCCCAUCGGCCGAGUUCCGAGCUGCCAGAUGCACCGAACCUGCGAUCAAAAAGCUCAUGGCCACGCCGGGCCUCAUGGAUGCCGAACCUGGCGCCCCUGCCGGACCUGGCACGCCUGGUUUGGAGGAUCAAGUGGGUGGUGCUAAGGAUGAGUUGGUUAAGGCGAUUGCGGUGGCAGCAGAAAUGGGGAAGGAGGCGAUUGGGGUGGUGGAGGAAGCAGGGAGAGCGGAUGCUGAGGCAGUGGAGCGAGCAAGGAGAGUGCUGAUCGCGUGUCAACAGCACGAGUUUGCUGAGCUCCUACUCCUGGCCAAAACCCAAGCCAUGCUGCACAUGCGACCAUCGCCAGCAGCAGACUUCAUUCGCGCCCGUGCUCUCGCCCACAACCCCUCAUUCCGCAUGCUCCCUCCUGUCUGCUACUCGGCCCCCAUCCCUCCCAUCCCUCGUCAACUCUUCGCCAAAUUCUUCGUGGUUGAACGUGAGUGCUGUGUUUCUCAUGCUGUGCUCUCGCCCACAACCCUUCGUUCCGCAUGCUCCCGCCCGUCUGCUACUCGCCCCCCAUCCCUCCCAUCCCGCGUCAACUCUUUGCCAAAUUCUUCGUUGUCGAACGCCAUGCUGCACCUGCUACUAUCCACUCUCAACUCAAUCCCCUUGCACCCUCCAACCCCAAUACUCCCCUCAACAGCUUCGCUCAACCUAGCCUACUGCGGUCUCCCCAAGGUGGCCUGCACCAGUUGGCGCAUGUGGCUGCGGGCCAUGCUGCAUCUGCCCAAGCCGGAGGACCAUUUCCUCGCCCACAGCUACCAGGGCAGCGGGCUGGGGGACCUCUCCCAGCCUCUCCCAGAAGUGGGCAAUCUUUCCUUUCCACCUCCCAUUAACCACUCUCAACCGUACUUCGCCUGCACCAGUUGGCGCAUGUGGCUGCGGGCCAUGCUGCAUCUGCCCAAGCCAGAAGACCAUUUCCUCGCCCACAGCUACGAGGGCAGCGGGCUGGGGGACCUCUCACAGAAGUUCACCGAGAAGGAAGCAACGCGCGCGAUGACGCGGCGAGGGCUGUUCAAGUUCACGUUCGUGCGGAACCCGUUUUCGAGGGUCGUGUCGACUUAUCUGAACAAGCUGGUGGUGACUGAUGCGCCUGAUAGGACCAAGGGGUGGGGGACGAGGCAGUUUUGGAACAAGGUGCGUGAGUGA